CGGGGGGGCGGGGGGACGUGCAGAGCCGAGGAGGGCGGCGGCGGCGGCCGGCGGGUGGCCGGGGAGCACGCCGCAGUGUGUUGUGUGGACGGCACCUUCUCAGACAGACCGCCAGAUCCCAGCUUGGCGCCCCCAGCCUUGGACGUGAUGUUCCGCCGGAGCUUUCAUCGCUUUUGUGCCGCAGAAGAAAAACGAGUUGGUACACGCACAGUGAUUCUUGGCAAUCAUCCAGUUUCAGCAACCGAAACUUACAUUGCACCAAGAUUUUGUGAUAACAGAAUAGUGUCGUCUAAGUAUACACUUUGGAAUUUCCUCCCAAAGAAUCUGUUUGAGCAGUUUAGAAGAAUUGCAAAUUUUUACUUUCUCAUAAUUUUUCUUGUACAGGUUACAGUAGACACACCAACUAGCCCAGUUACCAGUGGACUUCCACUUUUCUUUGUUAUAACUGUUACAGCGAUCAAGCAGGGGUAUGAGGAUUGGCUGAGGCACAGAGCUGACAAUGAAGUCAACAAGAGCACUGUUUACGUUAUUGAAAAUGCGGAGCGAGUCAAAAAAGAAAGUGAAAAGAUCAAGGUCGGUGAUGUAGUAGAAGUACAGGCAGAUGAAACCUUUCCCUGUGAUCUUAUUCUUCUAUCAUCCUGCACUCGUGAUGGAAUCUGUCACGUUACUACAGCCAGUCUUGACGGGGAAUCCAAUUACAAGACACAUUAUGCGGUACAUGAUACCAAUGCACUGUGUUCAGCCGAAUCCAUUGAUAACCUCCGAGCAGCAAUUGAAUGUGAACAGCCUCAACCUGACCUCUACAAGUUUGUUGGGCGAAUCAGUAUCUAUAAUAAUAGUUUUGAGCCUGUUGCCAGGUCUUUGGGACCUGAAAAUCUCUUGUUGAAAGGAGCUACACUAAAAAAUACCAAGAAGAUAUAUGGAGUUGCUGUUUAUACUGGAAUGGAAACCAAAAUGGCUUUGAACUACCAAGGGAAAUCUCAGAAACGUUCUGCUGUUGAAAAAUCCAUUAAUGCCUUCCUGAUUGUGUAUUUAUUGAUCUUACUGACGAAGGCUGCAGUAUGCACUGGUCUAAAGUAUCUUUGGCAAAGUAACCCACAUAACGAUGAACCGUGGUAUAACCAAAAGACUCAGAAAGAGCGGGAUACUUUCAAGGUUUUGAAAAUAUUCACCGACUUCCUAUCAUUUAUGGUUCUGUUCAACUUUAUCAUUCCUGUAUCCAUGUACGUCACAGUAGAAAUGCAGAAGUUCCUGGGUUCCUUCUUCAUUUCAUGGGAUAAGGAUUUUUAUGAUGAAGACAUUAAUGAAGGAGCCCUGGUUAACACAUCAGACCUUAAUGAAGAACUUGGUCAGGUAGAUUAUGUAUUUACAGAUAAAACUGGAACACUCACUGAAAACAGCAUGGAAUUCAUUGAAUGCUGCAUAGAUGGGUAUAAAUAUAAAGGUGUAACUCAGGAGACUGAUGGACUCUCUCAAACUGAUGGACCUGUAACAUAUCUUGAGAAAGCAGAUAAGAAUCGAGAAGAGCUCUUUCUGCGUGCCUUGUGUUUAUGUCAUACUGUAGAAAUUAAAAUAAAUGACACUGUUGAUGGUGCUACAGAAUCAGCUGACUUAACUUACGUAUCAUCUUCACCAGACGAAAUAGCUUUGGUGAAAGGAGCUAAAAAGUAUGGGUUCACAUUUUUAGGAAUUCGGAAUGGCCAUAUGAAAGUAGAGAACCAAAGAAAAGAAAUAGAAGAGUAUGAGCUUCUUCACACCUUAAGCUUUGAUUCUGUCCGCCGUCGUAUGAGUGUGAUUGUGAAGACUCCAGCAGGAGACAUUCUUCUUUUUUGUAAAGGAGCGGACUCAGCAGUUUUCCCCAGGGUGCAAAACCACGAAGUUGCACCAAUUAAAGUCCACGUGGAACAAAAUGCAGUGGAUGGGUAUCGGACACUGUGUAUAGCCUUCAAAGAAAUCACUCCAGACGAUUAUGAAAGAAUUGACAGACAGCUCAUAGAGGCAAAAAUGGCCUUGCAAGACAGAGAAGAAAAAAUGGACAAAGUGUUUGAUGACAUUGAGACAAACAUGAAUUUAAUUGGAGCCACCGCAGUGGAAGACAAGCUACAAGAUCAAGCAGCUGAGACCAUCGAAGCUCUGCAUGCAGCAGGUCUGAAAGUCUGGGUACUUACUGGCGACAAGAUGGAGACAGCCAAAUCCACCUGCUAUGCCUGCCGCCUUUUCCAAACCAGCACCGAGAUCCUGGAACUGACCACAAAGACUGUCGAAGACGGUGAAAGGAAAGAGGAUCGAUUGCAUGAAUUGUUGAUUGAAUAUCGUAAGAAGUUGCUGCAUGAAUUUCCUAAAAAUAGUAGAAGCCUUAAAAAAGCAUGGACAGAGCAUCAGGAGUAUGGAUUAAUCAUCGAUGGCUCCACACUGUCCCUCAUAUUAAAUUCUACUCAAGACUCUGGUUCUAACAGUUACAAAAGCAUUUUCCUACAGAUUUGUAUGAAGUGCACUGCAGUACUGUGCUGCCGGAUGGCACCCUUACAGAAAGCACAGAUCGUCAGAAUGGUGAAGAAUUUAAAAGGCAGUCCAAUAACACUGUCGAUAGGCGACGGAGCCAACGAUGUCAGUAUGAUCUUGGAAUCCCAUGUGGGAAUAGGUAUUAAAGGCAAGGAAGGUCGCCAAGCAGCCAGGAAUAGCGAUUAUUCUGUUCCAAAGUUUAAACAUUUAAAGAAACUGCUACUGGCGCAUGGCCAUCUCUACUAUAUGAGAAUAGCACACCUUGUACAGUAUUUCUUCUAUAAGAACCUUUGUUUCAUUUUGCCACAAUUUUUGUACCAAUUCUUCUGUGGAUUCUCACAACAGCCACUGUAUGAUGCCGCUUACCUCACGAUGUACAAUAUCUGCUUCACGUCCUUGCCCAUCCUGGCCUACAGUCUGUUGGAACAGCACAUCAACAUUGACACUCUGACCUCAGAUCCACGAUUAUAUAUGAAAAUUUCUGGCAAUGCCAUGUUACAAUUGGGCCCUUUCUUAUAUUGGACACUUCUGGCAGCGUAUGAAGGAACAGUGUUCUUCUUUGGGACUUACUUUAUUUCUCAGACUUCAUCCUUAGAAGACAAUGGAAAGGUCAUUGGCAACUGGACUUUUGGAACCAUUGUUUUUACAGUCUUAGUUUUCACUGUAACUCUGAAGCUUGCCUUGGAUACUCGCUUCUGGACGUGGAUAAAUCAUUUUGUGAUUUGGGGUUCUUUAGCCUUUUAUAUGUUUUUCUCAUUCUUCUGGGGAGGAAUUAUUUGGCCUUUCCUCAGGCAGCAGAGAAUGUAUUUCGUAUUUGCUCACAUGCUGUCUUCUGUCUCCACCUGGUUGGCCAUCAUUCUUCUAAUAUUUAUCAGUCUAUUCCCCGAGAUUCUGCUGAUACUAUUAAAGAAUGUGAAACGAAGAAGUGCCAGGGUUCAUCACUUAAUUUCCUCUUCUGCAUAAAAAGUAUAGUAAAAACUUCGUUAUCCAAUGCAGGUGGUAAGUAGAUUCCUUAAUAGUGUUCUAUGUGACCUUUAGCAGUCCAUAUGGAGUAUCUCAUAUGCUCCAUAUGGAAUUUUAAAUGGAAAAAAUGGUGUUUUUCUUUAGCCUAGAAUUUUCACAUCAGGAAUUUACACUCCACACCAACAUUCCAGCUUUAACCUUAGACAUUUCUCUAUGGGUUGUUUGCAUAUUUUUUUCAGUUGGUAAUCCCAAUUUUCCUCUUUCAAACCUUUCCCCUUCCUUUAAUUAUAGUGCUGCUUAAUCUCUGUGUUGCUUCUAGCCCUGUCUGUCCAGCAGUAUCAUUGAACCAAAGAAAAUUGUCUGGAUGUGGUUUCUGCAUCCUCACCCUCCUGAACACACUUGUAAAAAUUCAGAAUUGUUUUAUAAGUGUGUUUUUAUUUUUGCUGCUUAAAUUGUAAAUUUUUUUGCUGGAACGAGAAGUUAUUACCCUCUGUCAGCCUAAUUGCUUGGCCCUGCAUUGUCUGAUAUCUUUUGAACAUUUCUUAAAAAGCCUUUAAAUUGAAAGGGGUAGAUUAGCCUGGGGGAAAAAAAGCUUCCCGCAAAUUUUGACCAACAGGUUAAUUAAAUAUGUCAUAGUCUUCCUGCCAACACUAGCUCAUUUUGCCAAAGAAAGCCCUGUUUCUGUCAUCUUGGCACCAAGUAGAUCUUGUAACCCCUCUAAGGCAAUAUUUUCAGGAAAUGAUAAUGUAAGCUAUAUCUACCUGAUCUAUUUGAUCAAAUUUGCCCACCAGUUUAGGCACAAAACUGGUUUAUCUGAUUUUGGGGAGACCUAUCGAAUUGAUAGAAUCCAGUGGGUGUCAUCUUACAGUCAUAGGGAACUAAAAUGAUUAUGGCGGGAAUAUCUUCAGUAAUUAGAUGUCUGAAGAGUGGCUUCAUUGAUACAAGUCAGUAUCAGCCCCAAUCAAAAGCAGCAGAUUAUCGGUGGCGUCAGCUGCAUUGAUACUUGGCAUACAAGGCUAGUCAGUGUACAGUUAGGUGGUCAGAACUGGCCUUAACUCCCUGCUUCUGAAUGCCUUACAGCUGGAACUGCACCCAAUAACCUUAACCUAGCUGAGACUGCCUUAGUCUACUCUUCAAUCCUCCCAGUAGACCCCCAACUACCUCUACCCUGGGGUUUAGUCUUCGGAUGGUAAAGUGACAUUCUCUUGUCUGAUUAUACCUUAUUAUCAGUUAAACAGGAGUGAAACAGAUCAGUAAAACCGGUUCCUCCCAGAAGGGCUCAAGUGGCAAUUUGCAUGAAGCGAAAUAAAUUUAAAAAAUCACAGUAAGAAGUGGUUUGGUGCCUCGUUAUAAUAAAGAAUUUGUCUGGGAAGGAUCUCGGAGGUGCUCUUCCAUUGUCCCUAUUUGGAAGUACACGUUGGGGUGCUCCUAAAUGUUUUUCUUAGUUGGGGUAAUGGAGCUCAUACUAAAUAAUGGCUCACACCCAGCUUCAUGUUCUCAAGAUGAUAUGAUACAAAAAUCUCAGAAAUCAAAACCUUCAAACAUAUUAUCUUAUCCUCUUCUUUAGGCCCUUUAUUUUUUUUAAAAAAAUUAGAUACUGGCUGGAAGUGACUUUUAUAUAAAUCAAAUGGCCAGUAAAUAUUUUAAAUGUUUUUAUCUAAACUAAAUGGAGGGAUGCCAUGAAGCAGUCAUAGAUAAAGACUUAGGACAUUUUCUUUCCCUGCAAACAGCAGAUUCCUAACCUCUGUUGAAAGCAUAGAGUUCUGAGCCUGCAGCCCUUUUUACAUAGUAGCCAUAGAAUGUUGCCAGGGAUUCAGCAUGAAAUUUGUUUGCCAUGGGUUGUGCACAUGAUAGGAGCAAUUCUAGUAGCUUGGCAUGCUGAUAUGCUAGAACAACCAGGGGAAUUUCCAUCAUCACCUUCAUUCAUUCAAUCAUUCAUUCAUUUAUUCCUGCCCGCAAUGAACCAAUGAACAUGUUGAACCGCCUAAUGAUGAACAUCUCUCUUUAUAUCCAGUGUCUGAAAGGCUGAAUGGUUUUUCAGACUCCAUGGGAUUUUGAGAGUUGCAGAUGAGACAAAACAUUGUGGCCACUCAGCAGUGCUGCCACUUUUUUUUCCUUGUGAGGAAAUGCAAGAGCAAAGUAGUACCAAUGAAUGCAUAAAGGCCACCUAAAACAUGGCAGCCACAGCUAUUCUGAUGAGUCACGUCCAUUUCCAUAAGGCCCUAUGUGGCUAUAUCAGAGAGGCGGAGUCCACUUCUAAGGUAAAGGAGAAGGAAUAUCUUAAUGACCAACAGUCUGACAUCCGGGUGACUUCCUGCUUUGUUCAGUAUCCCUUGUUAAGGCAUUAGCCUUGUUUUAAAGUGAGGCGAAAGAUUAUUUUACACUGGGUUGACCUCAUACCUGACCAGGUUGAGAGGGAUAAAGGUAUGGGAUAAAAGGUAUAUCCCUACCUAAAAGUAGAAGAUCCCUUGACUUCCACCAGUAAGUAUCUUGGAUACUUAAUAUACACGGCCAAGAGUAAGCUCCAGUGCUAUAUCCUCAUAUGGGUCUUGGCAACUGCUUUGAGAAGGAACUUAGCAGUGAGUAGUGAAGAUGUCUCUGUGGCAUUUGAAAAAGAUGCUAAACAAUUUACAUUUCACAAUUACAGAAGCAGCCUUCGGGUGAAUUCCAUUCAAUUCAACACAUUCCCUCAGGGUCCACUGUAAGUUCUUAGGUUGGUGCAAAAGGAAUUGCAGUUUGAAAGGUUAAAAUCAAUUGCAAAAACCGCAGUUCCUUUUGCACCAAUGUAGUAGCUCCUGUACGAGGUGUUGGUAAUUCAGGGAAGAAUCAGAUGGGGCCCCAGCUCACAAGGAGUCUUCACUCUAGUUAGGUUACAGAGGGGG